AGCGACACGCUGCUUCAAUGGAGAGAAAGGACUCAGGCAGCCUCCAACUUGUCUUUCUCGCUUACAGUUCUGCCAGGGUCGUCUAGGAGACUGCGCUGAGAGCCGUGCAGGCGGAGCCACGCUAUGGCGGCGACUGUCCAGAGAGGGGCCAUCGGCCCGCUGGUGGGGGCCAUCGACCAAGGGACCAGCUCCACGCGCUUCUUGGUCUUUAAUGCAAACACUGCUGAGCUGCUGAGUCACCACCAAGUAGAAUUAAAACAGAAAUUCCCCAAGGAAGGCUGGGUAGAACAAGAUCCAAAAGAGAUCCUACAGUCUGUCUAUGAGUGUGUGGAAAAAACGUGUGAGAAAUUGAAGCAGCUGAAUGUAGACAUUGCCAACAUAAAAGCUGUUGGAGUUAGCAAUCAGAGAGAGACAACUGUGGUUUGGGACAAAAUAACUGGAGAGCCUCUGCACAAUGCUAUUGUGUGGCUUGAUCUUAGGACCCAAUCUACAGUUGACAGGCUGCUUAAAAGAAUUCCAGGGCAUGAUAAAUCCUAUUUAAAGAGUAGGACUGGCCUCCCACUUAGCACAUACUUCAGUGCUGUGAAAUUUCGCUGGCUUCUGGACAAUGUGAAAGAAGUUGGGCAAGCAGUUAAAGAGGAACGAGCUAAGUUUGGCACAAUUGAUUCAUGGCUGAUAUGGAGUCUGACAGGUGGAAAAGAUGGAGGGAUUCAUUGCACUGAUGUAACCAAUGCAAGUAGAACAAUGCUGUUCAAUAUUCAUACAUUAGAAUGGGAUGCUGAACUCUGCAAGUUUUUUGAUAUUCCUAUGGAUAUACUUCCCAGUGUGCGGAGUUCAUCAGAAAUUUAUGGACUGAUGAGUUCUGGAGCCCUGACUGGUGUACCAAUUUCUGGGUGUUUAGGUGACCAAUCUGCUGCUUUAGUAGGACAAAUGUGCUUCAGGGAUGGACAGGCAAAAAAUACGUAUGGAACAGGCUGCUUCUUGCUCUGCAAUACAGGACAAAAGCCUGCAGUAUCUGAACAUGGCCUUCUGACCACAGUGGCUUACAAACUGGGAAGAGACAAACCUGCAUGCUAUGCAUUAGAAGGCUCUGUUGCCAUAGCAGGUGCUGUAGUUCGUUGGCUGAGGGACAACCUAGGUUUUGCGAAGUCCUCAGGUGAAAUUGAGAUGCUUGCUGCUGAAGUGGGAUCUUCUUAUGGCUGCUAUUUUGUUCCAGCAUUCUCAGGAUUAUAUGCACCAUACUGGGAACCCAGCGCAAGAGGAAUUAUCUGUGGCCUUACUCAGUUUACAAACAAAAAACACAUUGCCUACGCGGCACUAGAGGCUGUUUGCUUUCAGACACGAGAGAUAUUGGAUGCUAUGAAUAAGGACUGUGGAAUCCCACUAAGCCAAUUACAAGUUGAUGGAGGAAUGACAAACAAUAAAAUCCUUAUGCAGCUCCAAGCAGACAUUCUCUGUAUUCCAGUAGUAAAACCAUCCAUGCCUGAAACGACAGCACUGGGAGCAGCAAUGGCAGCAGGAGCUGCAGAAGGAGUGGGAGUCUGGAGUCUAAAUCCUGAUGACUUGACAGCAGUGACUUGUGAACGAUUUGAGCCACAGAUUAAUUCUGAGGAAAGUGAGUGUCGCUAUGCCAGGUGGAAGAGAGCUGUUAAGAAGUCAAUGGGCUGGGAAACCUCAGAACCUCAUCCUGGUGAAACUAGUAUCUUCUGUAGUCUGCCUUUGGGCUUCUUUAUAAUGAAUAGCCUGUUAAUGUUAAUCGGAGCAAAGUACAUCUCAGGUUUUCUUCCCUUACUGAACAACCUCCACUGUUGCAUUUUUGGCAAUUCAUGAGGAAAGAAGAAAAGAUCUGCCCUCACCAGCACCUUGCACUGAAACUGCAUAGGAUCUAACCUAUUGUAUAUGCAGCAGAAGUCAUCACAUGCACAAAAGUAAAAAAAAAAAAAGUAAAGCAGAUCAUCACAUGCUCAAAAGUAAUAAAAACAAGUAAAACAAAAAAUUAGGAAUAUUAUGGCUUAUGGUUGUCCAAUUCUAAUAAUUAUUUCUCAUACAUGCAAACCACCAUGUAUGAGUCAUAUAGUUUUCAUUGUAAAAUUAUCAUAAAAUGCUAUAAUUUGUGUUUUAGUUUUUUUUAAUUUCUGGCUUCUUGAGUUCAAACUGUGCUGAAAAGUUGUUCAACUUGGAAGUGCUUUUCAGAAACGAUGGGAUCUCACUACAAGUAAAGGUCACAUGCAACCAUAGGCUUGGAUUCAGAGAGGAUUUCCACAGAUAUAGGUAGAAAGGGGAUUUGUACUGAUUUCCCCCUGCCCUACUAAAGAUCUGACCCCCCUGUCAUGCUGUUCCUGGUGGUCACCUGUCCCCUAGAAGCGGCAUUUCAGGCAGAAAGUGGACAUGAAGAAAUUAUACCACAGACAAAAAUCCCUUCCAUCCACAGAAACAGCUGGUAGAUUCAAGCCAUAAUGAUAGCCCUGCAAGCAAGUCUACAGAAGUUGCUAAGACAAAAAUUUUACUGACACUGUCUCUCAAGUUAGUAAAUUGUAACCUCAAAUCUUUAAAGAGAUUCCCUGGCUGAUCAUCUAGAAAAGAUUUACUUGCCUCAGAGGUUCAAGGAAGGGAUCGUCUACCAACUUGGAUUUGAAAGGCUUUGGCUGUAAUUCUGGAUCCUGCAUAAGUGGAGAGUAGGAUGCGAGGUGGCAUUCCACAGGGCUGUGCUGUCAGCCCAUCUCUGUUCAUCUAGUUAGUUACUUUCAUACCAAGUAUCCUGCCAUUCAUUUUGUCAUUCAUUUCAAAUGCUUUAGGGUGCAGCUGAGUAGUCCACAUUUGCUGAAGCUCCAGUAUGAGGCCCCACGCCAGUUGCCUUGCUAUUGUAAUGCAAGAUUGCAAGAGGCCCUCUGGUUUUUGAAAUGUGAACAGCCCACACAGAUGUGAUGCACCGAGUAAAAGAAUGGCUGGUAGGAAAGUAGAGGCUGUCUAUUCAGGCAUAGUAUGGGAUUGUGGUUCAUUUAUUAAUUUAUUUUUACUUCUUCCUGUCUUCUCCUCCCUCGGUUUAAAGAGGUAAUCAUCCUAUUCUUUCUGUUAAAAAGAACCUGCCACAUCCAUGCUUGCUUGUUUAUCUUUUGCUCUAAUUGCACAACAGAUUUUGAGAUAUAUCAAAACCUCUUUAUCCCCCUCCCCCCACAAAAAACCCUUUACAGUUGGGUAAUUCUGGAACCACCUGAAAAGCAACAGCAGUUUCUGACAGAAGGUGCUUCUGUUACAGUGAUGUUGAAGGGAAGAAAAAAGAGAGUACAGAAAUUUAAGAGGAGGAGUUAUUUGCCAUGAAAACAAGUGAAACGAUGACCUAGAGUAUUGCAUUACAGGAAUACUAAUGCUGUGUAUUAGGAUACUUGAAUACUGAGGAUUAACUUUGUCUGAGGCGCAAUCCAUUGGGAAUGUUACUUCUGCAUGCUAGAUGCCAGUGAAUAGCAAUCAAGGCUUUUGGAGCUAAGUCUCAUGUCAAACUUAUAUUGAAGUUUUCAGCAAUUCCUCUCUAGCAUACUGGACAGGAAAUCAAUGCUUGUGUGAAACACUUAAAUGAAUAUAGAUGCAGUCAGAAACACCCUGGUUAUCAAUAAGAACUCAUUUUUCCCACAUCUUAGUGGAAUCCAGUCUGUGGAGCAUGUCAGUAAGAAGGAUCCAUGCUUGUGUGUCUUAUGUCAAAACCUUGUGCAGACUAACGUGCUGCUUUUCAAUAACUCGCUGAAUCCAUCACCAGAGAAACUCUUGAUCCAUUAAAUGUCUGGAAUUACCAGUAAGGGAAGCCCGUCACCAGUUUGGAAUACAAUUUUAAAAUAUCUAGGUGUUAUACAUUUCUUGUGACUUCUAACUUCUGUCAUUAAAGACAGAAAGUUAACAACUUGUCAGCUUCAUACCUUAAACUCUAUCCAAUUAUAUUCUUCCUUCGCAAACUUAAAGUAGAAAUGUCCCUAAUUUAUAAUGGCUUUUAGUUACUGGAUGGACACAUUUUAGCUGUUAGUCAGGAUACUGUGGCUGAAGAAUCAGAUAAUAUCCAUAACGAAAUACUGAGGCAAUUGUUCUGCAGUGUGCUUAAUCCUCUACAAGACUAUCUGUUUUGCUUGAUUUGAUCCAGCCAAUCACUAUACUAUUUUGAAGCUAAGAUGAAGCUUCAGGAAUCCGGCAUGCCAGAUCCUUGUUUCACUUCGUCAAAAUGGAAUUCUCAGAGACCUCUAAUUAUAAGGCAAUCUACACAUUUUUUUACAGAACUCUGAAAUGAACCAUACAAGCCAUAUUUGCAUCCACUCUGCCCACUCCAGACCUCUUAAUAGGAAGAAGUUGCCCCUCAAGGGCUGUGGCUCUCAUUUCUCUGAAGAUUAAUAGCAUUACCACAUUACUGUCUUCUGUGGUCUACAACCAUCUAUGUGUAAAUGGCAUCCAGACAUGUUGCAAGUGCUAGUAUGUGACUUAUUGAAAGGCAACUAAAGCAAACCCUGGGACUACAUAAUACUGUUGCUAUUUGUUCUCAGGCUUUUGGUUAACAUGUCUUAUACCUGGCUGAAAUUAAAUUAAAGCCAAACUAAACAAGAUGCCUGGCACGUGUUCUUCAAGUGUCAGGUAAUGCAAUGUUACCUUGGAAGUAUAGAUUUAAAAGAACCGGCCAGGAUUGCUGUGGAGUGGAAGGAUUCUCUCACUUCCCUCCGCCAUCUGCCAGCUAUUCAGCUGCUCUACUUGUUAAAGAAAAUUGCAAAGAUCCUCUGGGAAGCGUAGUUUUAAAAGUCUUUCUUUUACAAUUGUGCUGCUUUAUUGCUUCCCUGCAUGAGAUGCAAUCAGUUUCUCUUCCAUAGAGUUACUAAGAUUAAAGUUCAGCUAAUUACUGCUUUUUAACUUCAUUUAUAAACACAUUGCCUCUGCCGGCUACUCAGCCCCGCCCCCACGUCCCACUCUGGCUGCUGUUAUUGCGGAGACAGUGGGGAAGAUCUUUUAAACUAACAACAAAUUAUUUCAUUAAUGUUUCAAUUACAGCCUGCAAACAGGGAGGCUUCCGACCUCCUGCCCCAGGUGAACAAUAGCCUCUGACUCCUGCUCUCAGGAUUGACAAUAACUUCACAACUGUUUCUUUAUUUCCCCUACUUAAAAAAUCUUCCCCCAGCCUUUCUUUCUUCUACUCCAGGCUUCAUUUGCAAAAGCUCCAAAGUGGGAAAAGCUCCCCUACCCCCAGUUUGAAAGCAUUAAACAAAUGUAUUAGAAUCCUGUCACUUUCCCUGGAACUGGGCCAGCGAUUUGUGAGAAGCUGGCUUCAAAAGAACCGGUUCUGGGCUCACAGCAGCCAAGUAGAUUUCGUCACAAGCCACCAGAAUGUAAGGGAUUCCUGCCCCCCUGGUUGUUUUAAUUUUAAAGCAGUUGGGGGGGGGAAUUGGCAGUUGAUUUAAUUUUCUCUUAAACUGCAAAGGAGACUGGAUUAGUGUGGCUGCUUUAUUUCCCCUCUCAAUUUCCUCUCUCCAUUGAGAUUGUUAAAAAGCGAGAUUCGCGGUGCUGUUAAAGAAAAUUGCAAAGAUCCUCCCCAUUGUCUGAGCAGUAACAACAGCCAGAGCGGGACAUGGAGGGGUGGGGCUGAGUAGCCGGCAGAGGCAACGGAGGGAAUCCUUCCACUCCACAUAGAAAGAAUCCUUCCACUCCACAUAGAUCCCACCCAGUUCUUUAUUUUAAAACUAGGAGCCA